CUAACAUAGCACAACAUAAUUAUAAUAUUACCACGCAUUGAUUUCGCUUUUAUGAUCAUUGUUGUAGCUUAGUUUUCUAAAUUUUGCAACACACACCCGAGUAAAAAUGUCAUACCCAAUUAAAUUCUUUUCGCUACAAAAGGCAGAACUCGAAUAUGAGGUUGAACUACGAGGCGGAUCCGGUGAUUCCGUAUCGGAUCUACGUAAACAAAUUUCCAAAUUAACUCACAUUGAACCUGAAGACAUACUAGAAUCACACUUAGAACCAAACGAGGAUCUCAAAUUUGUAAAAGAGUCUCUGCUAAAGUCUCAAAAUAACAUUAUUACUUUAAAAACUAAAUUUGAUAAAAAUCUAUUUCUUCGAACAGAGACACUACUUAACCACCUAUAUCAUCGCAUCAAUAGGAUUACCAACACUCCUGAAGUCGCUGACGUUUACAAGGUGUGCACAUCUAAUUUUAACUCGCAAUACAAAGAUCUCACCGUCUUAAAAAGCCAAUUAUCGAUCUCUAACGCUCCUUCCACAUCUGCUACUUCUAAUGUCGAUUCACCUGCUAUUUCGGUAUCUUGUGAGCGCAGUCUGACUUCAGACAUAGCGAAACUAAAAUUUUCGGGAAAAACUUGUGUACACUCCUUUAUCCAAAAAACUGAAGAGUUUGUACAAUCGCGAGGUAUUUCUUUCGAAAAAAUUCUGUCAUUAGCUUACGAGAUAUUCACAGAUGAUGCACUUCACUGGUACCGAUAUAACAAAGAUCGCGUAGGCACAUGGCAAGAGUUGUGUGACUAUGAUUAUCGCCUCGCUGCUGAAAUUAGGUCGCGCACACAAGGCGAAAAAGAAAAUAUUAUAAUUUACACUUCCAUAAUGCAUGGCUUGUUUUCUCGCCUUUCCAAACCCUUUUCUGAUGAAGAAAAAUUAGAAGUUAUUCUUCAUAAUAUUCGCCCCUGUUACGCGAAUACAUUGGCUGCUUCUCCCGAAAUUAAAAGUAUAGACGACCUGGUAUCAAUAUGUCGAAAUUUUGAAAAUAUACAAUCUAGAUUCUCAUCCUUUCAGGAGCCUCCUCGAGCAUCUAGCAAUACGCUCGCUCCUGAAUUCGCUUACAAACAUAGUACAACUUUUACAAAUAACAAUUACAAAAAUCAACAAAAUAAACCUUAUUCUAAUUACAAGUCUAACAAUAACACUAACUAUAAAAAUACAACAGUAGCUGCCAUACAAAGUGAAAAUAAUUCUGAGCCGGACGAUAUCAAUAAUGUUAAUGUUAUUACUCCGAAUCCUUCACAAGGCUUUUGCCGGAGGUGCAGAAUAAACGGCCAUACACUGAAAACUUGUCGUAAAGACAGAUACAUUGUCUGCUUUGGGUGCGGUAAAAAGGAUUUCAAGUAUCCUAAUUGUCCUGACUGUAACCCGAAAAGUGGUAAUUUAAACCAAAAAAACUAGUCAACCUGGAU